AUGGCAUUUGGGCCUUGUCCACUUGGUUUUGUUAAAGUUGUGAAAAAUAAACAAUAUUUCAAGCGGUAUCAAGUCAAAUUUAAAAGGCGUAGGCAAGGAAAAACUGAUUAUUAUGCUCGUAAACGUUUAAUCGUUCAAGAUAAAAACAAGUAUAAUUCUCCGAAAUACAGAUUGAUUGUUAGAUUGUCCAACAAAGAUAUCACCUGUCAGGUUGCAUAUUCGAGAAUUGAAGGAGAUAAAAUUGUUAGCAGUGCCUACUCUCAUGAGUUGCCACGUUAUGGAAUCAAAGUCGGGUUGACCAAUUAUGCUGCUGCUUAUUGCACUGGUUUACUUUUGGCUAGAAGAUUGUUAAAAAAAUUAAAGCUUGACAAUAUUUACAAAGGAUGCACCAACGUCAAGGGAGAUGAAUACAAUGUUGAAGAUGUUGAAAAAGGUCCAGGAGCGUUUAAAUGUUAUUUGGAUGUAGGUCUUCAAAGAACAAGUACAGGAGCCAGAGUUUUUGGAGCUAUGAAAGGAGCUGUCGAUGGAGGAUUAAACAUUCCCCACAGCACCAAACGUUUUCCAGGAUACGAUUCUGAAUCUAAAGAAUUCAACCCUGAAGUUCACAGGAAACAUAUUUUCGGAGAACAUGUUGCAAAUUACAUGAAAUCAUUAGCCGAAGAAGAUGAUGAAGCUUACCAGCGUCAAUUUUCUCAAUACAUAAAGCUAGGAAUUAAAGCAGAUGACAUUGAAGGCAUUUACAAAAAUGCACACAAAGCAAUUAGAGCAGAUCCAUCUCCUGCACCGAAGAAACCAGUCGAAGCCAAAACUGACAAGAAACCCAAGAGAUGGAACAAGAAGAAAUUGACUCUUGCCGCAAGAAAAGAUCGCGUGGCCCAAAAAAAGAAAGCUUUUUUGGAAAAAUUAAAACAAGGAACUGCUGAGGCCUAA